AUGUUCUCAAAAUAUCAAGUCCUCUUGUUCGUGUACUGCGGUUGGUUGAUGGUGAGAGAAAGCCUCCCAUGGGAUAUAUUUAUGAGGCAAUGGAUAGGGCUAAGAAGCCAUUGCAAAAUCAUUUAAUGGAAAUGAAGAGAAGUAACGGAAUGUUCAAUUGCAUAGGCCUUUGCAUGCAGCUGGGUAUUAUUUAAACCCAGAAUAUUUUUAUGCAAAUCCGAAUAUUGAGAAAGAUAAGGAAGUCAUGUCAGGCCUGUAUAAAUGCAUAUAAAGGUUGGUCCCAAGCAAUGAGACACAAGAUAAAGUUUGCGCAGAGUUGACUACCUAUAAGAAAGCUGAUGGUCUCUUUGGGAUGGCUUUGGCCAUUAGACAAAGAACUACAAGGGCACCAGCUGAUUGGUGGAGUGCAUAUGGUUCUGAAACACCAAAUUUGCAAACAUUCGUCAUCAAAAUUCUUAGUCUAACUUGUAGCUCAUCUAGAUGUGAGCGAAAUUGGAGUGUGUUUGAACAUAUUCACACCAAAAAGAGAAAUAGGUUAGCUCAAAAAUGUCUGAAUGAUUUGGUAUUUGUUAAGUAUAAUAGAGCAUUGAGACGUCGAUACAAUCUCCGUGACACUAUUGAUCCCAUUGCUUUGAUGGAUAUUGAUGAAAGUAACGAGUGGUUGGUUGGGAGGAUGGAGGAGGAACUUGUCUUUGAGGAUGAUACUUUGACAUGGGAUGAUGUUGCUAGAGCUGCUGGAGUUGAGGAAAGUAGUCAAAGAACUAGAUCAAUAAGGGCAAUAGAAAGGGGGUGUUCAACUUCAAAAUCAGCAGCUAGACCUAGAUUGCAACUUAUUGAUGAGGAAGAGUCAAUUUCAGAUGGGGGAGAGGAAGAAGAUGCAGAGGGAUAUGCUGAAGCCAAUGAUAAUGAAGAAGAAGUUCAUUUGCUUGAUGUUGAAGAUGAAUUUUAGAACUUUUGGAUUGGUGGAUUGUAUUUGUCUUUGUUGGAUAUUUUCUUUCGUUUAUGGUUAUUUAGUAGUUGGAAUGAUAAUUGCAUGAUAGUUCUUGAAAAUAUUUAUAUUUUUGUCUAUACCAUUUAUUUUUAAAAAAUAUCAUUUUUGGUCGCCUCGCUUCGAUGAAGCCCUCGCCUCGCCUCGCCUCGUCGCCUCGCGCUUAGGCGUUAGGUGACCUUGUUGCCUCGGUUCGCUUUUCUCCUUAAAAAACACUGCAUGACACCAUCUAUGACUCCAAAAUCUAGCAUGUUCCCCCACUUCUCACUACAAAUUGAAUAUUACUGGAAAAAGAGUUCCAUGGUC